AAAUCAACUGUCAGCCUGUUCUGUCAGCUGGUCUCUAAAGUUUCAAGCGAUUUAUCUUUUUGUCUCGUAAAUAAAAAAUAAUUUUCAUAGAUUCAAGGCGGUAGAAAGAUUUUUUUUUAACAAUUAUGUCUUUUUACUUCCAUGUCCUCAUUCCUAGGUAAUUGCUUCAGUAGAUUUUUGGCAUCUUUAAAGGGUGCGGGGAGCGGCACUUAAUAGCCGAACCACAAUGGGGUCCCGGGACCGGGAUACAAAGUCGCUGCAGGACAAGCUGAAAGUGUUCUUCAAGAAAGGCGCGGCUCCGGCGCGAGGCGAGCUGUCGCUCACACCGGAGCUGGAGCGCGAGUUGUCGGCCGACACGCCGCUGCCGCGCCGCUUGCGCGCCGCGAAGGACCUCGCCGACCGCGCGCCGCACUCUCGCAUGCAGGACGGCGUGGCGGAGCGCGUGUGGCGCUGCACGCGGGACCUGCUGGAGGAGGAGGGCGCGGAGGCGCGCCACGGCGAGCUGGCGCUGCUGCGCGCGCUGGCCGACGCGCUGCAAGAGCGGCCGGGCGCCAUGCGCACCGUGCUGUUCCGCUACCUGCGCGAGACGCACGCCGGCCACGCGCCCGAGGACGCGGCGCCGCGCUUCCGCCUGCUGCACGCGCUCACCGGCAACGGCAAGAACAUCGCGUGCUUCGAGGAGCAGAUCGGAGCGUUCCUCGUCGAGUGGGCGCCCCGCAUUCAGCAACCGCCGCUGCUGGUGGAGUGCCUGCAGCUGGUGACCAACGUGGUGAAGUACAACGCGAGCUCGCUCGACGAGGACGUGGUGUGCGGGAUCGUGGACGUGGCGUGCGGCGUGUGCUGCGGCCGCGGCGCGGAGGGCGCGGUGGGCGCCGGCGUGGCGCUGCUGGAGGCCGUGGCCUCGUACUCGCUGCUGCCGCGCGCCGCGCUGCGGGCCUUCGUCGCCACGCUGGCGCGCACCGUCAACCUGGAGCAGCACGCGCAGAGCAGCUGGAAGCUGAUGCGGCAGGUGCUGGGGGCCGACAUCGGCUACGCGGCGCUGCACGAGCUGGUGGAGCUGCUGCACGAGGGCGACGCCGAGGCGGGGCUGGCGCGCGGCUGCGUCUUCUACGUCAGCAUGGCGCUGUGGGGGCCGCGGCGCGUGCCCACGCUGCGCGUGUCGCACCUGGCCGUGCUGCCCGCCUUCCUCAAGGCGCUGGAGCUGCGCGCGCCGGUGGUGACGUACGAGGUGGUGCUGGCGCUGCAGGUGCUCGUGACGCGCGCGCCGCACGAGCUGCACGAGCCGGCCUGGGAAGCCGUGCUGGACGUCCUGCGCGCCGUGCACGAGCACGACCGCGAGCUGCGGCCGCGCAACGAGCCGCUGCACGCGCGGCUGCACGCCGUGAUCACGAGCGUGGAGCAGCUGCAGCAGGCGGGCCAGCUGGGCGGCGCGGCGGCAGCGCUGCUGGAGCUGCUGGACGGCAAGUCGCGGCACCCGGUGCGGCGGUCCAACUCGUCGCCGGAGAUGUCGUCGUCGUGGAAGCUGCCGCGCGAGCCCGAGCCGGAGCCCGAGCCGCCGCGCGCGCUGCUGCCCGACGACCUCAUCCUGCUGCCGGCCGCGCCCGAGACCACGAGCGCGGCCAUGUCGCUGCACGCGUCCAAGAAGGCGGCCAAGAAGAGCGCCGACAUGCGCGUGUCGUGCGAGGCCAUCCCCGAGGAGAUGAGCGGCACGUCGCCGCUGCAGCCGGCGCCGCUGUCGCCGCCGUCGCCGUCGGCCGCGGCCGCCGCACCGGCCGUGCUCAAGACGGCCAGCGACAGCGCCGUGGGCGGCGACGACCUGCCGCCGCUGGCGCGCUCCAAGCGGUCCAACACCAUCUCGGUCAUGAGCCCGGCGCGGCGCGCGCGCGAGCCGCGCAGGCGCGAGGGCCGCGCGGGCGCGGGCGGCGGCGGCGUCACGCCGUCCUUCGUGUUCCUGCAGCUGUACCACAACAUGUCCACGUACCCCAUCACGCCGCCCGUGCCGGGCGAGGCGCCGGGCGCGCUGGACCCGCUGGCCGAGCGGCCGCUGCGCGUGGCGGGCGCGCAGCACGAGCGCACCGUCAAGAACCUGGACCUGGUGCCGCCCAUCGAGACGCACAAGGUGGGCGUGCUGUACGCGGGCCCCGGCCAGCAGGACAACGAGGUGCUCAUCCUGCGCAACGAGUUCGGCAGCGUCAGGUACGCGGACUUCCUGACGCAGCUGGGCACGCUGGUGUCGCUGGACGCGGCCGACGAGCAGCCGGACCUCUUCCUCAACCUCGAGAAGGGCGGCAAGGACGGCCGCUACACCUACGUGUGGACGGACGACGUCAUGCAGGUGCUGUUCCACGUGGCGACGGCGAUGCCCUGCUCGCCGAAGGACCCCAACUGCAACGAGAAGCGCAAGUACAUCGGCAACGACUUCGUAUCCAUCGUGUACAACGACUCCGGCGCUGACUUCAACAUUCACACUAUCAAGGGCCAGCUGAACUUCUGCAUCGUGGUGGUGGAGCCGUUCGAGCACGGCAUGAACCGCGUGUUCGUCAAGACCAAGGACGAGCGCAUCCGCACCACGUUCCUGGCGCACCAGGACACGUACGUGGUGUCGGACACCAACGUGGCGCUGCUGGCGCGCCAGAUCGCGCUGCACUGCGCGCUGGCGUCGCAGAUCUCGCAGUCGCUGACGCUGGGCGGGCCGGGCGCGGCGUACGCGUCCAACGCGCUGGAGCGCCUGCGCCUGAUCAAGCGGCUGCGCCGGCGCGUGGAGGCCGAGCGCCUGGCCGCGGCGGCGCGCGCGCCGGAGCCCUACAACGCGCCCUCCGACCUGCACACGCGCGUCGCCAUCGACGACUUCAACGACUACACCUAACGCGGGCGCGGCCGCCGGCGUCGUUCGCCACCCAAGUUACCGAUUCCCGCUAUUUCAGUUGAUCGCGAGUGGCUCUUUUUUCUGCGAGCCGACCGGGACAAGUGGGCCCGGCCCACGAGGCGAUCGGAGCGCUCCGGGAGCCGCCUCUUGUCGACUGUAUUCUAUGUAGCCGUUGAUUUCGUGACCGACGUUUUUGUAAUCAAAUAAACAAUAGUACAUUUUUAUGGCUCUAUCCUUUACGCCCCUGCACGUGCGCACGCUCGGCCUGUCCAGUUCAGUACAGACGCAGGUUUGGGUCAACACAGUAACGCGCCUUUCCUCGAACGUGCUCGGAAAUAUUCGCACUACCUCCCGUAAUCGUCUGUUCUUUUUGUUCCACUUGUUCACUUUAUCCUCUUUCCGCCGAUCUGAGGUCUGCCGUGCCGAUGAGUGCGUGGCCAGAGGCAAGUGUGGUUUGUCGCCCUCACAGUGCUAGCCUUGUCCGCGUAUGCGGGUAUCUACCGGAAUGAACUUCAGCUUUCACUUGCUGUUCGUGUGACACCAAUAAUUUCAAUAAUUCAUAAAACGACGAGGUUCACACCCCAUCACGCCACGUCUCACGAAAGGA